AGAGGAAAAAGGGGGUCCUUUUUGGUGUAAAUCUGGACUCUAAUUCUGUAAUAUAUCAAGGAAUCUCGUAAAACCGACACUAAAACGUCCCUGCCUACAAAUCAUCCGGCCAAAUUAUGAGUUCAUUGUAUUAUGCGAAUGCUUUAUUUUCUAAAUAUCCAGCCGCAAGUUCGGUUUUCGCUACCGGAGCCUUCCCUGAACAAACUUCUUGCGCGUUUGCUUCCAACCCCCAGCGCCCGGGCUAUGGAGCGGGUUCGGGCGCUUCCUUCGCCGCCUCGAUGCAGGGCUUGUACACCGGCGGGGGGGGCAUGGCGGGCCAGAGUGCAGCCGGCGUCUACGCGGCCGGCUACGGGCUCGAGCCGAGUUCCUUCAACAUGCACUGCGCGCCCUUUGAGCAGAACCUCUCCGGGGUGUGUCCCGGCGACUCCGCCAAGGCGGCGGGCGCCAAGGAGCAGAGGGACUCGGACUUGGCGGCCGAGAGUAACUUCCGGAUCUACCCCUGGAUGCGAAGCUCAGGGACUGACCGAAAGCGAGGGCGCCAGACCUACACGCGCUACCAGACCCUGGAGCUGGAGAAGGAGUUUCACUACAAUCGCUACCUGACGCGGCGGCGGCGCAUCGAGAUCGCGCACGCGCUCUGCCUCACCGAAAGACAGAUCAAGAUCUGGUUCCAGAACCGGCGCAUGAAAUGGAAAAAGGAGAACAAGACGGCAGGUCCUGGGGCCACAGGCCAGGACAAGGCCGAGGUGGAGGAGGACGAGGAAGAGUGAGAGACGGAGAGAGGGCAGAGGAAGAGAGCUGAGAAAGAGAGAGGGUAAAGCCCAGCUCUGAGAACUGAACCAGGAAACUCGAAUUAAAUCGGGAGGGGGAAAACUAUUUAAAUAGUGGAAAGCAGUGUAAACAUUUUUAGGGAGAGAAGAUGAGAUUUUGGUUCCUUGACACUGAAAAAAAAAUACUACCUAUAGAAACGUCUGUCGGGUUUGUUUUGUACGAUAUAAGGACAUCAUCUACCUGUUCUGUAGCUUUCUGGAAUUUGCCUCCCCUUUUCUAUGUCGCUAUUUUAAGGUCUUUGUAAAAUCUUGCUGUUUUGUAAGCCCCUUCCUUUGACGCUGUCUUUGUGGUUUGUGGGUCUGGACUUACAGUGUGUGGUUUCCCAUCCCCCUGAGCCCCCCUGCCUUCCUAGUAGCGGCACUGAAGGGCCUUAGGGAGCCCUGUGGACCCACCGACUAGCUCGUGUCCCCUCUGUGCACCUGGCCUACCCGAUGCUCCUUGUUCCCAUGAUCCCCUGUGCUCCUCUUUACGUUGUCUGUGUUCCUAAAGGAUGGAGAAAUAAAAUACAAUUUAAAAAUGAA